GGAGGGGGUUGUCACCUGGUGACAGGGGGGAGGACUAAUAAAUCCUGACCAAGAGGCCAGGAAGAGGAGGCCAACUGACCCACAGGCUCCAGGAGGACGAACUGGCAAAGAACUUGCUGGAGUGAAACGAAACUAACAUUUGUCAAGGCCUGCUUGGCCUGCAGCCCCAGUGUCACCGCCGCCAUGGCCUCGAAGCAGCUCUUCCGCGCGCUUGUGUCAGCGCAGUGGGUGGCCGAGGCACUCCGGGCCCCACAGGCCGGGCAGCCCCUGCGGCUGCUCGAUGCCUCAUGGUACCUGGCCAAGCUGGGCCGCGACGCGCGCCGCGAGUUCGAGGAGCGCCACAUCCCGGGCGCCGCCUUCUUUGACAUCGACCAGUGCAGCGACCGCACGUCGCCCUAUGACCACAUGCUGCCCAGCGCGGCACACUUCUCAGAGUAUGUGGGCCGCCUGGGCGUGGGCGCCGCCACCCACGUGGUGGUCUACGACGCCAGCGAUCAGGGCCUCUACGCGGCGCCGCGAGUCUGGUGGAUGUUCCGCGUCUUCGGCCACCGCACGGUAUCUCUGCUCGACGGUGGCCUCCGCAACUGGCUGCGCCAGGGCUUCCCGCUGAGCUCAGGCAAGAGCCGUCCCGAGCCCGCCGAGUUCCACGCGGUGCUGGACCCCGCCUACAUCAAGACGUACGAGGACAUCAAGGAGAACCUUGAAUCCCGGCGCUUCCAGGUGGUGGACGCCCGUGCCGCCGGCCGCUUCCGGGGCACGGAGCCUGAGCCCCGAGACGGCAUCGAGCCCGGCCACAUCCCCGGCACCAUCAACAUCCCGUUCACGGACUUCCUGACCGAGGACGGACUGGAGAAGAGCCCCGAGGAGAUCCGCCACCUCUUCCAGGACAAGAAGGUGGACCUGUCCCUGCCCCUGGUGGCCACGUGUGGCUCCGGCGUCACAGCCUGCCAUGUGGCCCUGGGCGCCUACCUCUGCGGCAAGCCGGAUGUACCUAUCUAUGACGGCUCCUGGGUGGAGUGGUACAUGCGUGCCCAACCUGAGGACAUCAUCUCUGAGGGCCGGGGGAAGACCCACUGAGGCAUGGCAGGACACAGGAAACUUGGGUGACACCCAGCCAGCGGUACCCAGCCCAGUGGUUCCGACUCUGCUCUGACCAGGAUAGUGUUUCUUCCUCCAACUCAGGUGGUACAUGGGGCGACACCCCAGAGGCCAGGAACUCUGUGGACUUGUGGGCUCCCAGUGGAGGCAGCAGAGAAGGAGGCAGCGGGCACAGGGGGAGGGGAGUUGCCUUUGUGGGGCUGAACUGGAGCCCCACUUCCCUUCUGUUGAAGAAAUAAAACAGUCAAGUGCUAAA